AAGAACACAUCAAACUUGACUGGCGCGAAAUGCUGUGCUAGCUAGAGAUGACAGUGACAAUUUAUUUUGGAUGGUUUUAAAAUAAUUAAGCCUUAAUACAUCGCUCGCCAUGUCAACAGUUUAUCGACGUGUGUUUAGCGACAUUUUUACUUAUAAUGUCAUACCAUAAGAAAAGGGCAAGCGAGUCGUUAAGUAGCUCGUCACCACAGCGCGAGCUUUUUUUUGCAUUGUUAGCUAACUUGCAAGUCAGUCGCGCGGAGGGGGAGCAGUGGAUCAUCAACGUCAAACCAUAACAAAUGUUCAUAUAUACCUACUUGCCUAAACAUCCUGAAAGAUGUCGCCAUCUAAAAAUGACAGCUACAUUGUGAAGUUCGUGGAACGCAAUGGGCAGAAAAGCGAGCUUUCAACUCAAGCUUACGAGGCCAUUGUAGAGCUCCAGUCAGAGAAGUAUGUUCACGUCGUAGAUGAAGAAACAGCACUACAACUGGAACAAAAUGACAGAUCUCUGUUUGUCUUUAGCGACUUUACCAGCGAUGCAUUUGACCACUGCAGGCAGUUGGGUUGCAGAAUUGUCAGUCCCCUGGUUGUCUUGCAUUGUCUGCAACAGCAGCGUUGUGUCCCCAAAGCGGAGAAGCCAGUUUACAGCAUGGCAAUGGCUGAUGUCACAAUCUCCUGCACAAGCUUGGACAAAGAAACUCGAACCGAUGUGAUGGAUUUAGUUGAGCUGAUGGGCGGUCGGGUGUACCGAGACCUCAACGUGUCCGUGACCCACCUGGUGGCAGGUGAGGUGGGGAGCAGGAAGUACCUGGUGGCUGCCAGUCUGGGGAGGCCCAUACUGCUGCCCUCCUGGGUCAAGGCAUGCUGGGAGAAAUGCCAGGACAGUCUGUUCCAGCAUUCGGAUCUGAGUGUGGAGGAUUACCGGUGCCCCGUGCUGCAGGGCUGCACGGUGUGUGUGACGGGGCUGUCCAGCGUGGAGAGGAAGGAGGUGCAGCGCAUCUGUGAGCAGCACGGCGGCCGCUACACAGGGCAGCUGCGCAUGAACGAGUGCACGCACCUCAUCGUCAACGAGCCCUCAGGCCAAAAGUAUGAGUCUGCACGGCAGUGGAAUGUCUACUGCGUGUCCAUCCACUGGCUGUUUGACAGCGUGGAGAAGGGCUUCUGCCAGGACGAGAGCCUGUACCGAGUGGAGAGGGGGGCGGGGAAGCCCACCCGCCCCAACACCUCCACCCCCACUGGCUCGGGUAAGAGCGAACCACGAGAUGGGGCAUCAUUGUUGGGCCUGAGCCAUAUUGGCAACACCAGCAUGACUGUGAAUGACACAGCCCUCACUACAGCGUCGGGCAGUCGCCUGGAGGUCUCGGACCCUAUAGACGCCUUUGACAUCACAGUUUGUCAAGACGACGACCUGCUUGAUGGCUGUAAGCUGUACCUGUGUGGGCUGACUGGUAAGCGUCUGGAGAAGCUUCGGCGCCUGGUGAACUCUGCGGGAGGCCUGCGCUUCAACCAGCCCAGCGAGGAGCUCACGCAUGUCGUCAUGGCAGACCUCGACCCCGACAUCAAGAACUUCCUCAGCAAAGCAACUCACAGACCCCACGUGGUGACGGUGCAGUGGCUGCUGGACAGCCUGUCGCGAGGGCGCCUACAGCCCGAGCAGAGCUACUUCCACCCGGCCUGCCUGCCCCCCGCCCCGGCCUCUGUGGACCUUCCGUCCAACCACACCCCCGCCCAGCGUUCCCGACCCUCUUCUGCUGCUGCGGCCGCGCCGGGCUCAGGACCAGGAGGACUGGGAUCUGGAACCGGUCCUGGAUCGGGAUCCAGAACAGCCCCAGUGCCGGCACGAGACCAGAAGGCAGACGAGGAUCUGCUGUCACAGUACAUGAACGAUGACACCACCAUCGUGGAGCAGCCCCAGCCGGACGAGAGCAGGAACGCCACAAAGUCCGGCGAUCGCACAUCCAUCAUGAUCCCACCUCCAGCCGCUUCAGCCCCUAAACCCCCAGCCCCAGUCCCAGCUCCAGAGCCAUCCCUCCAGGACUCCACGCUGCACGAGCCCAGCCAGGGGGGCCUCUUUGCGGGCAAGCGCUUCCUGCUGGUGGGCUUCGGUGGGGAGGCGGAGGCCCAGCUGUCGCAGCUGGUGGAGGAGAACUACGGGAGGCUGCUGGCGGGCCGCAGCCGCGUGGUGGCCGACUACGCCGUGGUGCCCCUGCUGGGCUGCGAGGUGGACGCCACCGUGGACGAGGUCGUCACAGAUACCUGGCUGGCCAUGUGUGUGGAGCAGCAGAGUGUCCUGGAGUUGUCGUCCCACCCUCUCUUCACCCCGGUGGCGGUGCUGGGCGCCGGCUCUCCCCUCAAGGCCUGCGUGCUCUCCUUCAGCCAAUUCACCGGCGCCGAGAGGGAGUCGCUCAUACAGCUCGCCAAGCACCUGGGCGCCAGCGUUCAAGACUUCUUUGUGCGCACUGCCAACCAGCGCAAAGGCAUGCUGGCCAGCACUCACCUGGUGCUGCGCACACCGGAGGGCACCAAGUACCAGGCGGCCCAGAAGUGGGGCCUGCCCGCCGUCACGCUCCGCUGGGUCCUGGAGUCGGCCCGGCUGGGUCGCAAGGCUGACGAGCAACGCUACCUGGUGGACCUGCCGCCAUCUCCAGACCGCAGCGAGUGCAGCUAUGUGGGCGGUUCCCAGAAGCCCUCAACUCCUGCUUGCAAUACCACCGCGGCUGCCACGGCGGCUCCUGCAGCGCGAGGUUCCUCCUCGGACGCUCCGUUGCUCGGGCCCCAAAGCGGCGCCGCCAUCACCCCGCUGGACACCAGCCGCUUCCAGAGCCGCGCCGUCCACUCUGUACUGCGCAAGGUCAAAGGUCACAGUGCUGUGGAGGGCGCAUCGGGAUCGGACUCGGGCACGCCGCUGGGGCAGGGGGGUCGGGAAAAGAGGACCCCGCAGCUGAAGGAAGCGGCGCCUCUUCAGCUGGACACGCCCUCACGCUUCCUCAGCAGGGACCAGCUCUUCCAGCCCAACUUCGACACCAAGGAUGUGCUGGAUGAGUUGCGUACCCCAGGCAACAAGGCAGGGUCGGAGCAUCAGGUGGCCGUGGAGACGCCUUUGACGGAGGUCAUCCGCCGCAACCUGCGGGCUGCCGUGGCCAAUAGCGCUCGCCCGCAAGCACACCUCAACGACCCGGGAGCCAGCCCGCAGCUCAGCAGAGAACAGUCACGCACGGUGGAGGAGCCUGGUCCGUUAGCUGGUGUGGUGAUCUGUGUGAGCAGGAAGCUGAGUAAGAAGCAGGGGGAGCUCAAUGCCAUCGCCUCAUCGCUCGGGGGGGACUUCAGGUGGGCUUGUGAUGACUCAGUGACCCACUACAUCUAUGAGGGGAAAGUUGGAGACAACAGCAGGGAGUACAAAGGCAUAAAGGACCGAGGCCUGCACGUCGUAUCACAACACUGGCUUUUAGCGUGUGCGGAGGAGCAGAAGCGAGUAGCGGAGUCUCUCUACCCGUUCACCUUUAACCCCAAGAUGAGCCUGACGCUAAGCCAGGUGUCCAGCUCCCAAAGGUCGCCCCCUCCUGUCAGACCCUGCGACCCACCAAAGCCUCUUCCCGACCCCAAGGAAAGCAUGCUGAGCCCUGCACCAAAUGACCUGACCGACAUCACAAGCCCGCAGCAUCCCAACCAUGAAGUGGAGCCAGAGAAAACAGUCCAGCCAGCCAGUCCAGAGAGAAGAGACCUGAUGGAGGCGCUGGAGAUGCGUGAGAGCCUCCAGCGGCAGCUGCAGGAGAUCAUGUCGGCCACCAAAGUGACCUCUGCCCGCCGUUCGUCCAUGCGGAUAGCGAAUGGGGACUCCGAUGGCUCCGAUUCCAACACCCACACCCCCGGCAGUGGCACGCGGCGUGCCCGCGUGGCCAGAGCCAGCACUCUGGAGGCACGGCGCCUGUCCAGGCAGGCGAUGGCGAUGGCGGUGGAGGUGAACACGGAGCCGUCCCAGAGCGAGCAGCUGCAGAUCGUGUGGGACGACCCCACGGCGCGCGAGGAGCGGGCCAAGCUAGCCGACCACAUGCGCUGGCCCUGCAGCCCCUCCCAGCACUCGGAGAGCCUGGCCGCCCUCGCCGACCCCGCACACCACCCACCGGCACCGGGGGCCCACGGCUCCAUGACCGACUCAGAGCUCAUCGAUAUGGCUGCCUACGAGGUGAUAGAGAAGCAGUUGGGUCUGAAGGCCAAGAGUCCUCCCAGGGAGCCCGCGGUGGAGCCCCACAUCCGCACCCCGGAAGGGCCCAGCAUCGCCCUGCCCACUGCCAAACCACCGGCUGCGCUGCCUCAGGUGGAGGAAGAGGAGCGUGAACCGGAGAAGAAGAUCCCUCGCUUCCAGCUCUCCUCGCUCAACCCUCAGGAGCGCAUCGACUACAGCCAUCUCAUAGAGGAGCUGGGUGGCGUGGUGCUGGAGCGGCAGAGCUUCGACCCCAGCUGCACGCACAUCAUCGUGGGCCACCCGCUACGCAACGAGAAGUACCUGGCUGCCAUGGCAGCAGGGAAGUGGAUCCUGCACCGCUCAUACCUGGAGGCCUGCCGCGCAGAGGGACACUUCAUCGAGGAGGAUGAGUAUGAGUGGGGUAGCGGCUCCAUACUGGAUGCGCUGCCCUCCAUCCCCUCCCAGCAGAGGAGGCUGGCCGUGGCAGCCAUGCGCUGGAGGAGGUUCCUACAGGACACCGACGGCAAAGAGGGUGCGUUCAGUGGCUGGGUGGUGAUUCUGAACAUCGACCAGACGAGAGAGGCCGGCUUCAGGAGGCUGCUGCAGUCUGGCGGCGCCGAGGUUGUCCCGUCGGGCCCGUCACCAUCUUUGUACAAGGGAGCCACACACCUGUUUGCAGACUUCAGCCGCUUGAAGCCGGGGGACUUCCGAGUUGAUGUGGCCGAGGCCCAGGCACACCGGGUGCGCUGCCUAAAACCAGAGUACAUCGCAGACUACCUCAUGCAGGAGCCAUCCCCUCCUAUUGAGCUAUACUACCUUCCAGGAGCUGGGGCCGCAGGAGCAGAGACAGACCUGGGCACCCCUUCUCGCAAACGCAAAGCCUCCACCGCGGGCAGUGUAUUAAAAAAGAGCCGAAGAGAGAACACAGCUUAGGAAUAAUUUUAACAACAAUUACAACGUCUUCACUUCUUUAACGUCUUUACUUUUCUGACAUGAACUGAACUUUGUGAGGCACACAUUCUGCUUUGUAACUAAAAUGUUUUAAUUAUUUUGAUACAUAAAUAACUGAUGUCUCAAUUAUUAAAAUAAAGUACUUUUAACUUGUGCCUCGUACCUA